AUGGAAAAGGGUGUGAUUAUUCCAAGUGUGAGACUAAUGGAGGGGCAGCAGAUGCCAGUCAUGGGGAUGGGGACAGCGUCGAUAUCGGCGAAAGAAGUGACGAAGGCGGCGAUCAUAGAAGGAAUGAAGGUGGGAUUUCGACACUUCGACACAGCAUAUUCAUACGGGACGGAGAAAGUGUUGGGAGAGGCAAUUAGAGAGGGUAUUGAGAUGGGAAUUGUGAAGAGUAGAGAAGAGUUGUUUAUCACUUCCAAGCUUUCCCCUGCGUUUGCUCAUCCUUCCCUUAUUCUUGAUGCCAUUCACGCUACUCUCAAGUAA